GCACAAUUGCCUCGCCAUUGUGAUGAAAUCCGUGUGUUUAGCCGGGCAUUGACCAAUUGGAACACACCGCUGGCCAAUACGUCAUCAGUUAUCCAGCUUCCCGCCUAAUAAGAUCGACUGUGCAUUCCCAUGACACACGCACUGUGGCGUGGAGGUGGGAGAGUUGAUGUGUAUAUAAGGCUGUUGAAGCAUGUGGCAAUUGGAAGCUUAGAGACCUUGUGGUUGUAAUCACCGUAUACAGACGCUGUUCCAUGGUUGCCACGGUGUCUCCAACUAUCCAAUUGUCCUCUGGUGAUAGGCUCAUCACCGUAGCUGGCGGGUGCUUCUGGGGGCUGGACCAGUUAUACAGCAAGCAGUACCUGGGCCACGGGUUGACUGAUGCAAAGGUUGGGUAUGCCAAUGGACAGACAGACAUUGAAAACCCUUCUUAUGAAAGAGUCUGCGAAGGUGAUACCAACUACGCAGAGGUGCUACAAAUCGCUUAUGAUCCAGAGAAGCUCUCCUUGAACGAACUCGUGUCCUUCUUCUACCGAAUUCACGAUCCAACAACAGUCAAUGCACAGGGGAAGAGGAACAGAGGAACUCAGUACCGUUCAGCCAUCUUCUACCACAACCCUUCAGACCUCGAUACCAUCAGAUCUGUCACUGUGGAGUUUGAAAAGAAGUGGGGAGCACCAAUAGUCACACAGAUUGAACAGAUUGAGAGCUUCUACGAUGCUGAAGAGUAUCACCAGCAGUACUUGACGAAGAACGUAGAUGGAUACCACUGUGAUACCCACUUCAUUAGGGACUUUGACUGA